CAUUAAGCCAACAACUGAAAGCCAAUCAACAUGCGUCUAUUUGUGACCCUUUGCACUCUGGUGACCCUUAGCCAGGCCAAGCCCCAGGGCUAUAACUAUGGCAGCGGUGUCUCCGGCUCUCUGUCCUCCGGUGGCUCCAGCUCGGGCGGCAGCUCCGGCGGUUUCCUGGCUGCUCCCAGUCACUCACAGAGCUCUGUGGCCUCGUACGGUCCUUUGGGCGCCUUCCAAAGCGCCAGCGUUGGCUCCCUGGUGAGCAGUCCCUCUGCCCUCCAGUCGGUUAGCCAUUAUGGCGGCGGCAGCAGCGGCGGUCAUGGUGCCACCUACAGCUCUGGCGGUUCUGGAUCCUCCUCUUCCAACUAUGGUGGUGGUGCCUCCAAUUAUGGUGGUGGUGCUUCCAACUAUGGCUCAUCCGUAUCCAACUAUGGUGGCAGUUCUGGCGGCAGCUCCUUCACCGGCUUUGGACCAUCGCCGAAUAUUGGAUUCGGCGGACUGGCCGGCUACCAGGCACCCACCUAUCAGCAGCAGCAGGAGCAGGAGGUGCAGCGUGGCUUCCAGGAGCCCAUCAUCCACAAGCAGUUCUUCACCGUCGCUGCCCCCGAGGAGCACGAGAAUUUGGAGCGUUCCAAGCAUCUGGUGAUUGGUCGUCCCCAGAAGAACUAUCGUGUGGUUUUCAUUAAGGCCCCAUCUUCGAGCAAUGCCAACGUUAAGCUGUCGGCCGAAUACGCCCCCAAGGAGGAGAAGACUGUCAUCUAUGUGCUCAGCAAGAAGGACAACCAGCUGGAGGUCAACGAUAUUGCCACGCCCGCACCCACGGUGCCCAGCAAGCCGGAGGUGUUCUUCAUCAAGUACAAGACCGAUGCCGAGGCCUCUCACGCCCAGCAGCAGAUUCAGGCCGAAUACGACAGAAUCGAGGGAACAUCGGAGCACACCGAUGGCGGAGUGGCUCCAGCUCAAUCGGUGGUCGGAAUCUUGGAUGGCGGUGCUAUCGGUGCUGCCAGCACUGGCAGCUCUCACUUUGUCGGCGGCAGCUCUGGAUCGACUGGUGGCUUCAGCACCGGUUCCACUGGUGGAAGCUACACCUCGUCCUCGUCGUCGGGCGGUAUCUCUGGUGGAGCCACCGGAGGCGCUACCGUCAUCGCCACCCACAAGAACGCCCAGAGUGCAACCUAUCUGCCACCCAAUGGCAAAUAA